CCGACCCUUGCCCUGUCCCCAGCCUGCCCCCAGGAGCGGCUCCAUGGCGCUGGCCGCGGCGCUCGGUUCCCUGGGCGCGGUGGCCCUGGGCACCUUCGUGGUGGCCCUGCUGCUGCAGUGGCUCUGGCAUGCGCUGGUGGCUGUCACCCGAUUCCGGGCCACUUGUCGCCAGCUGAACAACUUCCCCAUCCCGCCCUGGCGCAGUUGGUUGCUGGGACACACCGGCAUGGCCCAGAGCACGGAGGAAGGCUUACAGCAGGUGGAUUCCUUGGUGGCCCGGUACCGUCAUGGCUUCCUCUGGUGGGGACUUCCCUGGCUGCCUGUCCUGCGCCUCUUCCACCCCAGCACCCUCCGGCCACUCCUCAGCGCCUCAGCUUUCGUGGCCCCCAAGGACAAAAUUUUCUACGGCUUCCUCAAGCCCUGGCUGGGGGAGGGGCUGCUGCUGAGCGGCGGGGAGCGCUGGGCGCGGCACCGGCGGCUCCUGGCGCCCGCCUUCCACGGGGACGUGCUGCGGAAUUACCUGGGGAUCUUCAACCAGAGCACCCGCGUGCUGCUCGCCAAGUGGGGGGCAGCAGCAGCGGCAGCUGGCGGGGGCCCGGUGGAGUUGGAGGUGCUGCAGCCCCUGAGCCUCCUCACCCUGGACACGCUCCAGAAGUGCAUCUUCAGCCACGAGAGCCACUGCCAGGAGCGGCCCAGCGAGUACAUCCAGGCCAUCCUGGAGCUGAGCUCGUUGGUGGUCCGGCGCCAGUUCCGGCCACUUCUCCACCCGUGGUGGCUCUACAGCCUCUCCUCUGAUGGCCGGCGCUUCGCCCGUGCCUGCGCCGCCGUCCACGCCUUCACUGCCGACGUGGUGCAGCGCCGGCGCCGCGCACUCGCCUGCCUGGGCCACCAGGCCUGGCUGGAUGGCCACCGGGGACGCAGCAUGGACUUCAUCGACCUCCUGCUGCUCACCAAGGACGAGAACGGCCACACGCUGUCGGACGAGGACAUCGCGGCUGAGGCUGACACCUUCAUGUUUGAGGGCCACGACACCACGGCCAGUGGCCUGGCAUGGCUCUUCUACAACCUGGCCGGCCACCCUGAGCACCAGGAGCGAUGCCGCCAGGAGGUUCAGGAGCUCCUGGCUGGCCGGGACCCUGCAGACAUCGAAUGGGAGGACCUGUCCCAGCUGCCCUUCACCACCAUGUGCAUCAAGGAGAGCCUGCGGCUGCACCCUCCUGUCACUGCUGUGUCCCGGCGCUGCACCGAGGACAUCCCCCUGCGUGAUGGCCGCGUCCUCCCCAAGGGGGUCAUCUGCCUGAUGAGCAUCUACGGGACCCACCACAACCCAGAGCUCUGGCCCGAGCCUGAGGUGUUCAACCCCCUGAGGUUCAGCCCGGAGAACAGCAAGGGACGGUCCCCGUCGUCCUUCAUCCCCUUCUCUGCUGGCCCCAGGAACUGCAUCGGGCAGAGCUUUGCCAUGGCCGAGAUGAAGGUGGCGGCGGCGCUGACGCUGUCCCGGUUCGCGCUGCGGAGGGACGCGGCGAGGCCGCCCCCGCGCCGCAAGCCUGAGCUGAUCCUGCGCGCCGAGGACGGGCUCUGGCUGCUGCUGGAGCCACUGGGGGGAGCGGCCUGAGGGCCACCAGGACACGGGGACAUCCCGUGGGCGGGCGUCACGGCCAGGGGAGGAGCAGGAAAUGAAUGGUAGUGUGAAGGGGACAGUAUCGUGGUGGCGCUGAGGAUGUGUUGUCCUUGGUUGGACAAGAAAUGAGCACACAGAAGCUUGGUAAGUUCAAAAGAGAAAAAAAGACCCAUUUUGUUCAAAAGAGAAAAAGACCCAGUUUUAUUCAAAACAUCCGGUAUUUAUAAAAUGCCAAAGGCGACCGUGGAUUGGAGGAUGGAAUUGCCACCUCUCCAACCACACUGGUUCAAAGAUCAUCAAUCAAUCGAUCAAUCAAUCAAUCAAUCAAUCAUUUCUCUCCACCCACAGAGAAAUAUGUGAACUAUUCUAUUUAUACAUGAAAUUGUGUGGGAGCUCUGACUCUCAAAUAUGUAAACGUUACCAGAAGGCUAAAGAAGUUUUAUGAGAACUUUAAAACUUUCAAAAGAACUAUAAAAAGAGAACUUAACACUUUUAAAAAUCAGGUCAUGGGACACCUCAUGGCAUGGACAUGUCAACCCUUGGACUUGUCCCCUUGUCACCAUCCAUGGCCACGUCCCCCAUGUCCUCAUCCAUGGUCAUGCACCCCCAUGUCACCAUCUAAAUCUGUGACCCCCUGCCUGCCCAGUAUCACCAUCCACAGUCGUGUCACCCAUGUCCUUGUCCCCACCCAUGUCCCACAACAUCACCACGCCCGUCUUAGUUGAAUGUCUGUAUUUUUACCCCAAUGUUUGGGUGAAGGGAUGAAGAAAAAUGAAAGAAAAUCAAAGCCAAAAUAAAAGGAUUUACGCGUC